AUGCAUAACACAUCGAUCUUUUGCAGGGAAAAGGGACGCUCACGAUGCGCACACAAGUCGAGUACUUCAAGAAGGCGGCGGACAACAUGAUUUGCUACCCAAGCAAGGAGGAGCACCUGGCGCGGUCCCUCUUCCUCCUCAGCGGUGGCGGCAACGACUUCUCGGCCUUCGACCCCUCCACGGCCAGCCCCCAGGCCUAUGUCGUCAAGAUGGUCACCACCUACAUCGAGCACAUCCAGGCGCUCUACAACAUGGGAGCGCGAAUGGUGGGGAUCCUCGAUGUGCCGCCGAUCGGGUGCACGCCGGGGCAGAGGGUCGGCAUGCCCAACGGCGAGUGCAACGAGCAGGCCAACUCCCUGGCGCAAGCAUUCAAUGGCCUCCUAAGGGCUAAGCUCGCCGAGGCUUCCGCGACUACCAUGAAGGAGCUCAAGUACUCCAUCGCCGCCAACUACAACAUCCUCAACGACAUGAUGGACAACUCGCUCGUAGCCGGGCUGAGGCACGUGAAGACGGCGUGCUGCGGGUCCGGGAAGCUCAACGCGGAGGUAAUGUGCAGCCACCAGGGCACGACGGCGUGCCCCGCCGCGGAGCACGAUGACUACAUGUUCUGGGACAUGCUCCACCCCACUCACGCCACCAUCCAGCGCGGUGUCGUCGCCCUCUUCUACGGCAACGGCCCCAAGUACGGCGAGCCCGUCAACUUCGGCACGCUGGUCACGGGCCAGAACGUAUCUCCCGCGAUCAAGAUGGUGGUCGACAGCCAGUAAACGGCGACGUUCGUCGUCGGCAUGCUUGCCUAAUUCGAAAUAAUGAUGAUUUAAAAUUUGCAGCAGCUGCUAACUAGCUAGCUAGGAGCUAGCACUCAAUAAGAGGAUGAUUUUCCCGUUAAUUAUUCCAUGCGUACGUGCUGCUAGCUCCAUCUUGUGUUGAGUUUUGCGCUUCAAUUAUUAGUAUGUGGAACUAAUAAAGUGGUUAAGUAAAUAAAUCUUGUCCUA